UGUUGAAUCGGCGGCUCGAGGCGGCGGGUGGCGGGUAGAUCUGUGAACAUACUUGUGAUUCGCUGCGAGGCCGAUGGUGGUGUACCUUCGUGACUCCGGGCAGAAGAAGGAGACAUUUAUUACAGUGACAGUCUCCUUGCUCAGCGCUGCCUCCCGGCCACGGCGAGCAGUGUUCGUCCCCUCAACACCCACCGUCACGGCGCCAUGGCGGGUGCAGGGAAGGGCCGCAGCACGGGCAACAACCCCGAGGACUGUCCAGUGUGCCUGACAAACUUUGACAUAAUGCAGCGGCCGCACAAUCUGCCGUGUGGCCACACUGUCUGCAUGCUGUGCAUAGAUAAGCUGAAGGAGCAGGGCCGUGUUUCCUGUCCAGAGUGCCGCGUCAGCCAUGCAAUUCCAGAGGGAGGGCAGUUCCCUGUCAGUUUUAUUGCUGAGGCUUUCAUAAGAAAGAUGAGAGGUGCCAAGGUGGCAGCAACAGCAGCCUCGCUGCUUCCCAGUGCAAAGAAAAGGAAACGAACAGCAGAACCAGCUGACAGUAAGGAAGCAACGGGUUUCUCCAAGAAGAUGCGUUUCUUUCUGCAGGAACAGGAGGACACAGUUGUGGCCGCCAUCACCGCCUGCCGGGAGACUCAGUCACAGCUGGACCAGUACCAGACAACCCUGACAGGCUGGGGCAAGUGGCAGCAGCAGCUGGAGGACAGGCUCCAGGGACUGGUGGACCAGAGCAGGAGUGCCAUAGGGCUCGUGCAGCAGGAAGAGUCCCGCACGACAACCAUGGAGGUGCAGGUGAAGGAGGUAGAGCAGGCACUGCAGGCCACGCAGGAGAAAUUGCAUACCCUCAAAACAGAGGAAGAAGUAGGUGUUGUGGUGAUUGAAGUGAUUCGUUGCACUGGUGAGGCAGAGCAGGUGGUGCAGGAGUGCCAAGAAUGUUUCCCUGAUGCCAACACUGUCACUACUAUCAGGAAGGUGAUAGUAGCAUCUAGUGCAGCCCUAGACACCAGUCAGGCUGUCCAGGCAGCUCUGGAAACUCCUACUGUUACUACAGAGGAGCCCAGACCCCAGUCAGACCCAACAGAGCCCAGGCCCCAGUCAGACCCUGCAGAGCCCAGGUCCCAGUCAGACCCUGCAGAGCCCAGGCCCCAGUCAGACCCUGCAGAGCCCAGGCCCCAGUCAGACCCUGCAGAGCCCAGCCCCCAGUCAGACCCUGCAAAGCCCAGGUCCCAGUCAGACCCUGCAAAGCCCAGGCCCCAGUCAGACCCUGCAAAGCCCAGGCCCCAGUCAGACCCUGCAGAGCCCAGGCCCCAGUCAGAUCCUGCAAAGCCCAGGCCCCAGUCAGACCCUGCAAAGCCCAGGCCCCAGUCAGACCCUGCAAAGCCCAGGCCCCAGUCAGAUCCUGCAAAGCCCAGGCCCCAGUCAGAUCCUGCAAAGCCCAGGCCCCAGUCAGACCCUGCAAAGUCCAGGCCCCAGUCAGAUCCUGCAAAGCCCAGGCCCCAGUCAGACCCUGCAGAGCCCAGGGCCCAGUCAGAUCCUGCAAAGCCCAGGCCCCAGUCAGAUCCUGCAAAGACCAGGCCCCAGUCAGAUCCUGCAAAGCCCAGGCCCCAGUCAGACCCUGCAAAGCCCAGGCCCCAGUCAGACCCUGCAAAGCCCAGGUCCCAGUCAGACCCUGCAAAGCCCAGGUCCCAGUCAGAUCCUGCAAAGCCCAGGCCCCAGUCAGACCCUGCAAAGCCCAGGCCCCAGUCAGACCCUGCAGAGCCCAGGUCCCAGUCAGAUCCUGCAAAGCCCAGGUCCCAGUCAGAUCCUGCAAAGCCCAGGCCCCAGUCAGACCCUGCAAAGUCCAGGCCCCAGUCAGAUCCUGCAAAGCCCAGGCCCCAGUCAGACCCUGCAGAGCCCAGGCCCCAGUCAGACCCUGCAGAGCCCAGGCCCCAGUCAGACCCUGCAGAGCCCAGGCCCCAGUCAGAUCCUGCAAAGCCCAGGCCCCAGUCAGACCCUGCAAAGCCCAGGCCCCAAUCAGACCCUGCAAAGCCCAGGUCCCAGUCAGAUCCUGCAAAGGCCAAGUCCCAGUCAGACCCUGCAAAGCCCAGGUCCCAGUCAGACCCUGCAAAGCCCAGGCCCCAGUCAGACCCUGCAGAGCCCAGGCCCCAGUCAGACCCUGCAGAGCCCAGGCCCCAGUCAGACCCUGCAGAGCUCAGGCCCCAGUCAGACCCUGCAGAGCCCAGGCCCCAGUCAGACCCUGCAAAGCCCAGGCCCCAGUCAGACCCUGCAGAGCCCAGGGCCCAGUCAGACCCUGCAGAGCCCAGGCCCCAGUCAGACCCAGACUCCACCAUCAUGGACAGAGUGAAGCUCAUCUUGACACUGAACUUGAAGACCAAGGAUCUCCGCAGCCUGUCACAGCCUCCCUUGAGCCUCAUACAGGCUGGCCAGGUGUUUGCAGUCUGCCAGGUGGAAGGUCAGCGCCGACUUGCAAGAAUAAGCUUUGAAGCCAGCCGGCUGUGCCUUCAUGCCCUGAAGGAGCAGCACCACUCACUAGAUGCAGCAACCCUGCAGGUGAGCAUGGUCGUCCCGCCUUCACCCCCCUGCAUGGUGUUCCUGGACCUGUCCUGGCCAGGCAGCUCGCCACGGCGGGUACAAAUCCAUCUGAGCCCCGACACUCCAUGGGGCAGACAGUUUAUGAUGAUGUGCACGGGGCAGCACGGCCCCUCCUACCUCAACACCAGGUUGUUUUCUGUGGGGUGUAAGGGGAAGCCAGGAGAGUAUGUGGUAGGUGGACACCACAAGAGUAAUGAUGAUACCCUUAAUGAGGGCGCUUACUCUAAGUCAGGCCGGGCGGGGGCCGUGCGUGGGAUGGCAUGGAAGGACGGUACCCAGGGUGUGUGUGGUCUCUUUGCCAUCUGCACCAGGGAGUGUCGUAAUGAUAUCAAGCUGCCUCGUGUCUUUGGUGAGGUGGUGAAUGGACUGCACGUAGUGGCCGAGGCAGCCCAGCACAUCAAGAUUGGGGAAGUGACUGUGGUGGACUGUGGCGUGGUACUGUGAUGGUAAUGGCCUGCACCACCACCACCACCACAUUAUAGAGGUGUUUGCCCUGCACUCCUAGGUUGUGGGAAAUGAUGAGGAGAGAGUGUAUGGUGUCAAGAGUGGGAGAGACUUAAAGCCUGUCCAACCCAUGAGAGGAAAUAAGGACACAAAACGAGAAGACGAAGAGAGAAGGAAAUAAUGACAGUGAGAAAAUAAAAAUGUACUGCAAAGUUCAUCUGCUUCGGGUGGUAUGUUGAAGCAAACUCACUGAUCUAAUGGAAAAAGGAAUGUUAGUGGGACUCGUGUACUUCUCUUAUAAUUUUCCAACAUUUUUGUUGUGGAAAG